AUGAAGCAAGACCUGUCAAGUUCAGAAUUUGUAAACGCCACUUCAAUAGUAUGGAGCCAGGCUAAACUCGUGCCGCCCGCUUCGCCCGCCACGCCCGCGCCCGGCACGCCCGCCGCCGCGCGCCUCCUCGACGAGGACGAGGAGGACGAGGACUUCGACACCGAGGCGCCCGUCAUCUCCGCCUUCCGGUACGGCAGCCUGCCGCCGGGCGCGCUGACGCCGGGCGACCAGGAGCUGCUGGCGGUGCGCUUCCGGCGCACGGGCAGCGAGCGGCUGCGCGACGGCGCCAAGGCGCUGCUGCGCCGCAUGGAGAGCCUCAAGGCCAGCCGCCGCAAGCGCCAGCAUCGCGAGGGCGUCGUCAUCAGCGGCCCGCAGGUGCUGGACGUGGCCACGAUGCAGCAGCGCAUGAAGGACCUCAACUGCGUGGACGUGUCUCCGACCAGCGCCACGCCGCCCGACGUCAUCGGCCACCACCACCCGGCGACGCCGUCGGGCGACGGCGGCGGCAGCGAGGACGCGUCCGAUGGCAGCGGCUCCGCGACCACCCCCGCGCACCGCGCGCGGCCGCCGCCGCCGCCGCACCCCCCGCGCCUCAGCCGCAGCGCCACCACCGCUCGUCGUCGCGGCGGCUGUCGCGGCGCGCGGAGGAGACCGGCGCGCUCUCCGACUCGGAGGUGCAACCCACCAGUGGCGCAGCAGUACCUUAAGGACGCCAACAGCAACCACACCAAGGUACUAGAAUUUGUGGAUGGAAGGAGUCGAGGCCCACAAGAUCAAGAUCCCACCCAACGCAUCACAAGUAGCAAAACACAGGCAGCUCGAGCGGGUAGUCUGAACCUAGGUAAAGAAAGCCAAAGGUACAGAGACAAGCUCCAACAUGCAUUUGGCCGGGACACUUCAUCCUUCAGAGAUAAGUCGGGUUCUUCAGAACUGACUGCAAGUCAAGAUUCAAGUAGUACUCUUGCAUCACAAGCAGACAGUGACCAUGAUGAGGUUGAUAUUACUCCAAGACACAAGGCUGUAGUUGUUAGAUGGCACAGCUUCCAGAGGGGCUCUGGCCGACCUGACUCCUGUCUCUUCAGGCCUCCUGAAGGUGGACCAGUACCAGGUUCUCGACCAAUGGGAUCCCUCUCAUGUGGUCAACUCUUGGUGCUGCGCAAACUUGCUCUUCUAAAGCUAACAGCGUGUAUGGAGCGAUACUGCCCCACCCAUCGCACUGGCUGGAAUUGGGAAUUGCCCAAAUUUAUUAGGAAAAUUAAAGCACCAGAUUACAAAGAUAAAACAGUAUUUGGUGUACCACUGCUACUAUCACUGCAAAGAAAUGGACAAGCUCUUCCAAAAUGCAUACAAGCUGCAUUGCGUUGGCUGCGAGUGAAUGCUCUUGAUCAAGUGGGCAUUUUCCGUAAAUCUGGAGUGCGCUCCAGGAUUCAAAAGCUGAAACUUAUGGCUGAAAUGCAAGGAGAGCAUAUAAGUUAUGAAGGGCAGCAAGCAUACGAUGUUGCUGAUAUGGUGAAACAGUAUUUUAGAGAACUGCCUGAAGCUCUUCUUACCAACAAACUUUCAGAAACAUUCAUAGCUAUUUUUCAACAUGUUCCUGUUGAAUUGCGUGCAGAAGCAGUGCAAUGUGUGCUUUUAUUGCUACCUGAUGAGCACAGAGAAGCAUUGCAAACACUUCUUGAAUUUCUUCAUCAAGUGUCUGCUCGUUCUGCCUGUAAUCAAAUGAAUCCCAGCAACUUAGCUGUAUGUCUUGCUCCUUCGCUAUUUCACUUACAUCAUACUCCCACUACGGCCAGCAGAUCAGCUUCUGUUUCUCCUCGGCGAAGAAAAACUGUGGGAGUUCCUGAUCCUCGUGAACUGAAUGAAAAUAAAGCAGCUCAUGAUUGCCUACUCUACCUUAUCAAAGAACACAAAGAACUUUUUGUUGUUGCAGAAGAUAUGUUGGCUCAGUGUCAUUUUAACUAUAUGGAAGAGAGCAUUCCAGUAGCUCUUGAGGAACUUGGUGCUGAAUUCCAACAAGAUUGGCGAGGAUAUCUGUAUGCUUGCACAACUGCUCUGCUGAAGGAAGCUCGAGAAAAGAGUCGAGGUUGGGUCAAUAUGACUUGCACUACUGACCAUCAAGUAGAUAUGGCAUACAAAAAAGUGGGAGAUGGACAUCCCUUGCGGUUGUGGAAGGUAUCUACAGAAGUUGAAGCACCUCCUCAGGAACUCUUGCAAAGGGUGUUGCGAGAGCGCCACGUGUGGGACUACAGUUUGCUCAAAUGGCGAGUGGUAGCUCGACUAGAUCCUCAAGUCGAAGUAUUCCAGUAUGUUUGUGCUAACAUGGCACCUCUGCCUGCCAAGGACUACUGUGUUCUAAGGUCAUGGCGAACAGACCUCCCCAAAGGUGCUUGUGUGAUAGUUGAAACUUCAGUGGAGCACCAUGAUGCUCAAGUUAUGCUGGGAGGAGUGCGAGGAAUCGUUUUGGCUUCACGAUAUCUAAUUGAACCUUGUGGGUCAGGGAAGUCCCGAAUAAUGCACUUGUCCAGAGUUGAUACUAAGGGCCGGACUCCAGAGUGGUACAACAAGAGCUAUGGACACUUAUGUGCACUGUAUUUGACUCGCAUUCGUGCCUCCUUCAAGCACAAUACUGAUGGACCUGAGAGUAAAGUCUGAAGCUUUGCCACUCAAUGAAGAGUUGGUACAUCUUCUUGUGAAGUUUACUUUUAAAAGUGUUGAGCUUCACUUAAAUUAUCUGAUAUUAUCAGAAAUAUAUCUAUUUUUAAUGUCUUACAUGUUGUGCUAUGUGAAUAUAGCUGAAAAUAAGUGCUAACUUCCAAAUAGAAUGCAUCUCAUUUGGGAUGGAUCGGCUGUGGCUGGAGCUAUUGUACAGAUACUCUUCUAGAGAAUAUAAUAUUGUUUUCCUUUAAGGAAGAACUGUGAGAGACUUCCAGGAGAGAAGUGCUAAAAUACCAAAAAGUUUUUGGUGACACUGUGGUUAUGAGAGCUGUCAUGGACUUGCCUUUCCUUCAUUUAUGUGACAACAUAAUGUGUUGAGAUACUUUUAAUAUAUGUUGGAGACCAUAGUUAUUUUAUUCUCAUUAUUCACCAUUCCUUAAGCUAAUAUUUCUGCACUGAAGUUAAAAUGCUUAAAUCUAAUUCCAUGAGGAGGCUGAAUAACAUAUAUCUAAUUUUUGAUUUUAACUUCAAAUAAUACAGCCAUUAACCAUAUCACUAGUCAGCAUUCUUGAAUGUCAAUGUUAUGUAUACAGUUAACUCAGGAAAGGUGUAGACAAGUUUUUUAAAAGCAGCAUCAUCAGGAGGAGGAUCAGGAACUUCACAAGGGGAGAAGUAUAUUACAUUAAUGACGUAUACUAAUGCUGAAAUAUUCUGCUACUUGUUUAAGGUGUCAAUCAGCUCAAUGUUGAAUGUCAUGCUUAGGUUACUUUCCUCCACUGAUAAGUUGAAUUAACAGUACUACUGUUAGCAUGUGUCUGAGGCAAUGUUAUAAUAUGUGUUUGUUUUAUGGUGUCUAAAACAGUGUUGUGAUCAUUUGUCAGUUGCUGUAUUUUCUCACUUCCAUCAAUGUUGCUGGACAGACAAUUAAUCAAAUUUGUUGUAUGUAGUAAACUUGUAUUUUUGUUUAAUAUAAGAAAAUAUGCAUUGAAAUUCAUUGGAAUUUCCAUAGGAUCACAGCACUUCCAAUUCCAGUUGCUGAAAGUAUUUGUGUGUAAAAUGUGAAUAGACUUCUGUUGAGAUUAAGACAUUUAAUACUGUUAUGUGCAGUAUCUACUUGUACAUUUUGUAGAAAAUCUGCAUAAAGCCAUCACUAAUGAACUUAAUAAUAAUAAGCCUUAGAUCACAUAAUAUUUAUUAAAUUGAGGUAGUGAUGGUGCAAAAUCACUCAUUGAAUUAUCUUGCCAAUUUAUAUGUGGUCCAACGUAUAUUGAGCUAAAUUGGUGAUCUUAACUUUUGCAUGAUCUUGUAGAUAUAAAUAUUUGAUAACAUUUAUUAUAUGUAUAUCCUUGCACAUACAUAAUUUACAGCUAGCAUUCAUGUCAAAGACAUGUCAUUGAUAUAAAUGUUCAUGUGACUAUUAAACAUUCACAGUUGGAGGAAAGAUAUUUGUAUGUUUUCCAUACCCUUGUCUCAUAAAAGAUUGAGAUAUUUUUGUACAUAUAUUUAUGUAAAUAUGAAUUUAUAACCACAAGAUAUGUGAUCCAUAUAUAAAUACACAUAAAAUUAAGAGGAAAGAAAAUUUAUAUAAGUGUGUAAUUCUUAAGGAAAUAUGAACACUGAAAUUGUAUGUUAUAUGGAAAGAAAUUAUGCAUUUUCUAUGUACCUGGAAACAUUGAAAAAUAUAGUGUUCUGCUUGUUGACA